GUGAUAACGCUGCUGAAAUGGCUACGAGCACGUUUUCCGAUCAGGAAUCGAAAGAAAGAACGAAAAUCUGGUGAAAAGAAAACGAUGAAAGGUAAACGGAAUCGAACGGAGGAACAGAAAUCAGCUUCCAGUAAAGAAAAAUCUCUAGGUGGCGUCGACGUGGAAAUAACGGAUGACAGAUUUGCGGAUGCUGAUGAUUUGGAUUGGGAAGAGGAUGGCUCUGAUUCCGAAGUAAGAGAUAUGGUAAGGUCAAAAAAUUAG